CCAACACAGGUUGUUCGCAGCAGCAUUACAUAACACUUUCGUUGCCGUUUUCCUUCACAACUCAACACUCCCAACAUGGCAGAACGUGGUGGCGGAGAUCGCGGUGGUUUCGGAGCCGGAUUCGGCGGAAGAGGCGGUCGUGGCGGUCGUGGCGACAGAGGCCGCGGUGGUCGUAGAAGAGCCGGUGGAAGACGUGAAGAAGAAGAGAAAUGGGUUCCAGUGACCAAGCUAGGUCGUCUCGUGAAGGAAGGUAAGAUCCGCAGCCUGGAACAGAUCUACCUCCACUCUCUCCCAAUCAAGGAGCACCAAAUCAUCGACACUCUCGUCGGUCCAACCCUCAAGGACGAAGUGAUGAAAAUCAUGCCGGUUCAGAAACAAACCCGGGCCGGUCAGAGAACCCGGUUCAAGGCCUUUGUUGUUGUGGGUGACAACAACGGUCACGUUGGGCUAGGUGUUAAGUGCAGCAAGGAAGUUGCUACUGCUAUUCGCGGUGCGAUUAUCUUGGCGAAGCUUUCUGUUAUUCCCGUUAGGAGAGGCUAUUGGGGGAACAAGAUCGGAAAGCCUCACACUGUUCCUUGUAAGGUUACCGGAAAGUGUGGUUCCGUUACUGUUCGUAUGGUUCCGGCCCCUCGUGGUUCUGGAAUUGUGGCUGCUAGGGUUCCUAAGAAGGUUUUGCAAUUUGCUGGUAUUGAUGAUGUUUUCACCUCAUCCAGAGGAUCCACCAAAACCCUCGGAAAUUUCGUCAAGGCCACUUUUGACUGUUUGUUGAAGACCUAUGGUUUCCUGACCCCUGAAUUCUGGAAGGAAACUAGGUUCUCCAAAUCUCCAUUCCAAGAGUACACUGAUUUGUUGGCCAAGCCAACUGGAAAGACCUUGAUCCUUGAAGAAGAAAGGGUAGAAGCUUGAAGUUGCAGUUUUGGUGUUGCUUGAUGAUGGUUUGUUUUAAGCAUCCUAGGAACUAGUAAUUAUAUCUUUUGUUGCUAAUGUUGUUGUUCCCUUCAGUAUUUAGUGACUAUUUAUAGUUUCUGGCAUUUUUGUUUUAAAUGAUUGUUUUUUUUGGAUGUUGAGUUUCAAAUACCAGAAUUUUCUUCUUUAA